UCAUCGUUUUUUUCUUCUCAGUUCUUUGUGUGUGCCCAUAAGAGGAUUUUGAUCUUAAACAAAAAAAAAUAUAUAUCUUCCAAACAAAAUCAUUUCCAUCCAGUUGUUUUUUUCUCAUUCUCACCGAACACUCAUUUGAUAUUCACUUUUAUUUCCAUAUUUUAGUCUCUCUAACUUCUUCGAGUAGAUUUUUUAUAAAAAUUAAAAGAGUCAACGAUUCACCCCAAAAAUAUUGUGAUGGUGAUUUGGAUUUGACUGACUGAUUGAUCAUCUUGUUUUCUACUUUGUAACAAAGGCAACUACAAAAUAAAAUAUGGAAAUCGACGAAGAUUGUAAUUCAAAUAUAUUUAAAAAACCGACCACUACUGGUCUUAGUUUUCAGAAUUUUGUUCGUCCAUCUGCUAAUGCCGCAACUUCGAUUACAUCUUCAUCAUCAGCAACAACAACAACGGCAUCGUUUUCUCAGAUGAAUACACCAUUACGAUCAUCAUCACAUUGUCGAAGAGGAUCAUCCGGAAUAUUUUUCAAUACAAUGUUUUGUAUGUCACAUCAUUUUCGUCAUCUAAAACGUUUACAUAUGGAAUCGAUGGAAGGAUUAAAUAUUAUUAAACAACCACCUGCAAGAGCUGUAUUUCGUUCAUCAUUACCAGCAACACCUAUUGCCACACCAAUAUAUCGUGAAUCAUUUCCAUUUUUUACUGAACAAUCAUUAAUGGAACGAUUAUGUCGUACACCAUCACCACGACGAUCAUAUUCACGUAAUUCCUCACAAAUGGAUACAAGUGAAUGUGAACAGCAACAACAUCAUCCACAACAACUACAUCAACCGAUGGAAAUUUGUUCACCGACAACCAUUGAUGAAGAAUCUUUAUCAAUUUCAUCCAAUUCCGCAUCUAGUCCAAAUAAAGAACAACCCGAUGAUAAACAAUUAAAUUCAACCGAUAUACAAUCAAGUCUAAAUGAUAUCUAUUAUAAAAUUAAUGAUCAAUUUAAUCCCGAUUGAUUCAUUCAUUCUGAACAAAAUGAAUUACUUAGUUUAAU